AUGGGUCUUUUGAAACCAAGGACUAUCCAAAAAGAAAAAGUAGAGAUCUCAUUAAGCAAUAAAAUCAGUAGUUGUUUCAGUAAAUAUAGGGAACAUUUCUGCCAUGUGGAUGUGGGUCCAUUACAAAGCAAAGAGAGUCAGUUACUCCAAGAGGAGAAUUGCAGGAGAGAUAUAGAAGCUUUGAAAGCAGAUAGUUUUUCUGGACUUCUAGAGUAUCUUAAUCCAAAUCGCAAAGAGGCUGCAAUCAAUAUGGAAAGCAUAGUGAACAAAUAUACUUCCCUCUUUCGGGAAAAUCCAAACAAACGGCUGGCAAAGGAGAAACAAAAUUUCAUUUUGGCCAACAUUAUUCUCAAUUGUCUAAAACCCAAUUCCAAGUUUAUUCAGCCACUUACCACACUUAAAAAACAUCUCAGAGAAGUGUUACAAUUUGUAGAACUAAGUCACCAAUUCCCAGACCCUUAUUUCUUGGCCUGCCUCCUGUUCUGGCCAGAAAAUAAAGAGCUAGAUGAAGAUUCCAAGCUAAUGGAAAAGUAUGUUUCAUCCUUAAAUAGAGCCUUCAGUAGACAAUACAGGAGCAUGUGCAGGUCUAAGCAGCCAAGCACACUUUUCUACCUAGGGAAGAAGAGGGGUCUCAACAGUCUUGUUCACAAGGCUGAGAUAGAGAAGUACUUCAGUAAAGAACAAAAUAGAAAUUCCUUCUGGCAGAGUGGAGAUGUGUGGAAAAAAGAGGAAGUCAAAAAGCUCCUGCGCCGUCUCACUGGUCUGGCUGAAGGCAAGAAAAUCUCUAUUGAAUAUGGAACAGAGAAAAAAAUAAAAAUACCAAUGACAUCUGUUUAUUCAGGUCCACUCAGAAGUGGUGGCAACAUAGAAAGAGUGUCCUUCUAUCUAGGGUUUUCCAUUGAAGGCCCUCUAGCAUAUGACAUAGAAGUUAUUUAA